ACUAGGGUUUUACCUCCUUUCUCUCUCCACUACCCACUACCCACCACCACCCAAUCAAAAAAUAAUAUAAAAAAAUAAAGGCCGCCUCUCAAAAUCGGUUGUACACCGGACUUGAUCCCUGGAUCUUCCGCAAAAUCUUUGAUUUUUCCCUCCAAAUUCCCAUUCAGUUCUAACCACCUCCGUCCACAGGCCUCCGCCAAUGGCCUCCCGUUUCCAAGCCGCUUCGCUCGUGGCUUCGCCGUCGUACCCCAAUGCCGUCGCCUGGUCCGACGAGAACCUCAUCGCCGUCGCCACCGGCCACCUCGUCACCAUACUGAAUCCGGCAUUGCCAUUUGGACCGCGAGGUUUGAUAACGAUUCCGGCCAACAAGCCCUUUCCGAUUGGAGUGAUAGAAAGACAAGAUUUAUACUCAGGCUGCUUGUUGAGCACUUGUUUAUCACGAGACAUCCGACCAUGUGUUAGAUCAAUUUCAUGGUCACAUAUAGGAUUGGCUCCUAAUGCAGGAUGCUUGCUUGCUAUUUGCACCAUAGAAGGACGUGUGAAGCUGUAUCGUGCACCAUUUUGUGAGUUCCAAGUUGAGUGGGUAGAGGUUGUGGAUAUAACAGACAUGCUCUAUGAUUAUCUUGCAAAUAUUAGUUUUGGAGAGUCAGAAACUGCUGUAUCUUCUGAUGUGUUUCAGCCACAUUCUGACAAGUUGGAAGGAAAUAAUCCACUUCAAAUUGUUUAUAAGCGUACAUCUAAAGCGAGAUCACUCAAGAAGAUAGGAGAAGAUUGCACAUCUAAAACGAGAUCACUCAAGAAGAUAGGAGAAGACUGCACUCUCCCACUGGUAACUGUGAAUCAAUAUGCUUCUCGCAAUGCAAUGCUGUCAUCACUGGUUGUUGCCUGGUCGCCAGUGCUGUGUUUACCACCUGAAACCGAUUCAGCUCCUCCAGAUAACUCAUCCAACUGCUUUUCUCUACUUGCAGUUGGUGGGAAAUCUGGUAAAAUUUCCUUUUGGAGAGUUCAUGAACCGCUAUCCUAUACUGUUGAGCACAGCAGGGUUCCCAUCAGUGUGAUGCUUGCUGGAUUCCAUCAGGCACAUAACACAUGGGUCACUGCAAUCAGUUGGGCAUUACUAACUUCUGAUGCUUCAAGUCCUCAGGUUUUACUUGCUACAGGGAGUACAGAUGGGAGUGUGAAGAUUUGGCUAGAAUACAGUGAGAAAUUGCUGAAAUCAUCUGAGGUCAAUGAUCCCCCUUUCUCAUUGUUGAAAGAGGUUAUAAAUGCUGAUUCUGUCCCAGUUUCAGUUCUCACGCUUAUUGUGCCUGUACAAUCACCACAGAAGAUGUUCUUAGCAGUUGGCAAGGGAUGUGGAUCUUUUGAAGUAUGGAUAUGUGAUUUAUCUAUCAGAAAAUUUGAUAGAAUCGGCUCAUAUAAUGCACAUGAUCAUGUUGUUACAGGUUUAGCUUGGGCUUUCGAUGGAUGUUGUUUGUACAGCUGCAGCCAGGAUAAUUCUGUGCGUAGCUGGAGUUUAUGUGGGAAUUCCCUCGAUGAAGUACCCAUUCCUCCAAAUACUCCUGGUGUAAAGAACCCUGCCGAUGACCUCCCAUAUUUAUUUGGUUCAUGCUAUGGUGUAGCAGUAUCCCCUGGAAAUCUGGUGGUUGCUGUGGCUCGUGGUUUUGAUGCUGGUCUAUUGAAUCCAAUGUAUCAGGCAAGGACUCAAAAGGCUGCCAUUGAGUUCUUCUGGAUAGGUGGGCAACAACUUGAAAGUUCAACAAACAGAAACCUAGAGUUUGGUAUUGAAAAUUUUCCUGGUUUUCCUAAGAAGGAAUUGAUUUAUUGGGAGUGUAAUAUGUUGUGGUAUUUAAGUCAAUAUGAGCAUCUGGAUAAGCCUUUGGUAGUUUGGGAUAUAGUUGCAGCAUUGUUGGCUUUCAAGCAGUCUGCACCUAAGUAUGUGGAACUUGUACUGGUUAAGUGGCUUUCAGUUUCAAAUGUGGAAUCCCAUCUGGGCCUUUCAACAGGAAAGAUUUUGUCUCAUGCCUCCAGAACUUUCUCAAAUACUACUACCCGAAAGUUGCACCUUUUCAAUAUCAUCUGUAGACAUGUAGUACUAUCUGAGCUGAAGGCAGAUAAAAUUAACAGCAAACAGCCUAAUCUAGAAGAAUUUGGUGGUGCUGAGGAGGAAAAACUGAAGUUGUGGAUGGAACUACUUCUUUGCAGUGAAAGAGAACUCCGUGAAAGGCUUGUGGGUUUUGCUUUUUCUACUGUUUUAGGUCUCAUGUCCUCUUUGGCUGCAAAAGUUUAUAGAGCUGAGGGCUGGGAUCCAGUUGGAUUAGCACAAAUGGAGCAGUGGGUUGCACUUAAUUAUGAUCAUGUACAGGAUCAACUAAAACUCCUUGCAUCAGAAGUUAGAAACCUUGAUAAGAGGAAGCUGCAUUCUGUUUGUGAAUAUGUAGCAGGAGAGCAAUGUAGCUAUUGUUUAGCAUCUGUUCCAUUUGAAUCUCCAGAGAUUGCUUUUUGCCAAGGUGCAAAGUGCAGUGGUGGGGUUGGUCAGAGCCAUAAACUAGCACGGUGUGCCGUUUGCAUGCAGGUCUGCCCUGCUACACCCUCCUGGUUUUGCACGUGUUGUCAGAGAUAUUCUUCAAAACUGGCUCCCCCACAAUUUUUUCUCAUGCCCAGAUAUCCACUGGAUUUCAAGUCUUCAACUGAAUCCUGCACCUUAAACAAUUUCUCUAAACCCUUCUGCCCCUUUUGUGGAAUACUGCUACAAAGAUUACAACCGGUAUUUCUACUCUCUGCAUCACCAGCAUAAUUUGAACUAAACACCAUAGAUAUUUACUGUUGUAUGAGUGAUAAUAAAGGCUGUUCCAAGUUUUGAGUCCCACGGGAGGGGCAGCUAUGAUUAUAUUAUUGUACGGCAUCAGUCUAGAAUAAAAGUACUGGAAACUGAUGUGCUUUUGAGCAUUUAGAUAUAAGAGAGAAUUUUUUCUGUACAGAUUCUAUUAAUAAGUUCAUUAAUGUAUUGAUUUAACACAUU